AUGGUACCCCGUGACCCACCCAGAUCGAUGGACGACAUCGCAGAAGGGGCCCGCCAGGUGCUGAACCACAUUGAGAACAAUGGCACCGAGGACCGAUACGUCACAGGAUAUAUCCGGGCUGUCCGCCAGUACGCGCUCAACGCCCAAAGGGGCGACGCCAUGGGGAUGGCCAAGGUGCUUGAAGCGUUGACCAAGAUCAACGCCGACACCGAACACUUAAACCAGCGAAUAACAACCAUUGAAGCUUCAACAAGCACUCUAUCGAGAUCUUUGUCCUCCCUCCCUGCCGAUUCUGCGGCAGCGUGGCGCAACUUCCGAGCCAGAGACUGGCAGCGCGGCUUGGCCACGGCUACGGCCCCCAACCCCCGGAGCAACGGCACCUCAUCUCCAGGAGUACCGAAAAUUGAACUUCGUGAGGAUCGGGAGGUCAUCGUGAAGGAGCUCGUGGAGCGAGCAGAACGACAAAGAGCGACGGUUGCCCGACAGAAGAGCUCUACAGCCCUGGCUGGUGGGGCAAGCUUCGUGGCAGCUCGCAAGCUGCCAUCAGGAGAUGUAGCUAUGGUGGCUAACAGUGCUGCGGGCGCGGAGCUCCUCCGUAAGCACACUGAGUGGUUGAGGGCAUUCGGGCCAGGCUCCAUCGCCCAGGAACCGUCGUGGGGAGUGGUAGCGUACAACAUCCCAGGCUCAAUCCUGAUCGAAUUCACCAGCCCAAUCGUGGCCAACCGUGCGAUCAUCACCGGCAUCGUGUGGGGAAAACAAAUCCACCACGCUGUUCGCUUCUGUAGAGAAGGGAGGACAAAGCUAUGCAGGAAGUGCCAAAAACCGGGGCAUAUCCAGUCACACUGUUCCAACGAUUUCAAAUGUGGUCACUGUGCCGAUGGGCACCCGACCUGGGAGUGUCCAUCGACAAAGGGACAGACGAUACCAGUUAAAUGCGCCAAUUGUGGUGGAGAACACCGCCCAACUAGUCAAAAUUGCGCGGUGAAGAGCGCAGCCAUGGCUGAGGCCAAACAGGCUCUGAUUGAUUCCCCUACAUAUCACCGAGUGCCACUAUACUACCGGAAUGCCGCGAGUAAAGGCAGCACGACAACGCACCUGCUCAGGUCUGGCCUUCCUGAAAGAAAUGAGCUGGAAGAGUCAGUGCACACGCCAGAAAGACGACAGGAAAAGGAAGCACCACAGUAUUCCCAGCCAGUCACUAUCGACUUGGAAAUGGAACCACUCAUUACGGGGGCACUAAGUGGUGAGCCCGGCCAAUCUGCGAAGCCCAAAAGAGGGCCAGGUCGACCAAAGGGCUCAAGAACCAGGCCCCGAAAUCAGGCACCGCCGCCUCCAGACAACACACUCUCCAUAGUGAAUCGGAUGUCGACAAGAUCCCAAGCCGCCUCUCAAAAGGCUAUCCAAGAACACACCACAUCCAAAAAGCGCCGCGUGGGCGCACCAGAGGACACGAUGGAUGAACAGCCUGAUGAUAGCAACUGGCUCGAUAUCCACCUUCCUCAACCCGGCCCCCCUCAGGACAGCACCCAGCAAGACGAGAGGUUUGAGCAAGAGCUUAUCCAGUUCACCAACGAUGUCACCACAAUCAACGACACCAACACUCGCGAGCCCAGUCUCCAGGAUCUAGACCCAGCUAGCCCAGGAUACCGAAAACUCAUCACACUAAGAUAUAGCCAGACAAAUACGGUCCCAGUCGGAUCGUCUCCGCCGGUGGUCACGACAGACGCGCCCACAGUUGAAGACCCAAAUGACGACAUAUGGCACGAAGCCAGCGAGCGCAGCGAUGACGAACGAAACCACGAAUGA